CUUUUCUUUUUAUACAAUUGCAUGGGCCACUAGGUUGAGGAACACGCGUAGUAACGUAUGAUUUGAAACAAGACCAGGAAUGGCUUGUUUAUCAAUGGAGAAUCGUCCUCUUAAGAAAUUGCGAUUAGGACCGCCUGAUGUUUACCCACAGGAUCCCAAACAAAAAGAGGAUGAGUUGACGCCCGUCAAUGUGAAACAAGGUUUUUCUCAUACACCAAAUCUGAAUCAAUCUGAGGAAUAUGGCUCUGCCAAAAAUCAUAACUUUUCUGUGUCCAAAGUUCAGACAUUCAUUAAUGGUGUACUUACAAAGAAACAGGAGAUUAAUAUGUUGCCUGACACUGGCCGAAAACGUCAGCUAAUAAACCCUAAAGAAAAUUUUCAUAAUGUUACACCAAAGUCAAAGAUGUUCAUUGAAUCAUGGUUUAAAGACUUAGCAGGCAGCAAGCCUUUGAUUAACCUAGGCAAAAGAGUGCCAAUAUUCAACAAGAAAGAGGAAAUUUUUAUCCAACUCAGUGAAUAUCAGGUUCCUAUGUCUAGAGCUAUUUGGUUAAUAAAGAUGACAUCUGCCUAUUCUAUGGCAAUUUCUGAGGCUAAAAUGAAGAAACGUCAAGUACCAGAUUCUUCACAAGAAUGGACCAGUACUUUAGUCCGGUUUUUAAAAGAACAAAUUGUGAAACUACAAGAUUUCUAUCAAAAAUCAAUAAUUGUUGGAGGGGCUCAGGCUGUGUUUGCUUCCAAUGCUACAGCGUAUCAUAAUGGAAGUCCUCUGAUGACCGAUGAACAGAAACUUGCACUUCGACAGUUUAAUUAUUGCCAGCAGUUGUGCAAAGUCAUGUUUGAGGAAGGUCUCCUUGAAUGCCAGGAUUUCUUACAGUGGCAACUGGAUAUGUUGGAAAAAUGCAAAACAUGUGAUGACGGUCUUCUCAAGUUUGUUGUUCCGAUGAUAUUACAGUAUGUUGAGGAAUUCACGCAGUGUGAAAUUCUGAGUCGGAAACUUGUUUUUCAGGUGUGUAGAAGAAUAUCACCCCUCCUGUCGAACGAUCAAAGCAAUGAGGGAUCAGUUUCAUUGGACGUAGGCAAUUGUGGCCAGCACAGGAGCGUUCUUAUCCAGAUGUCGGCAAUUAUUCAAGCAGUCGUUCUACAUUGUCCGACGGCGUUAGUGUGGAAUCAUGCCGGGGAAGGAAAGAUGUCAUCUCAUUUGGUUGGAUCUCCUCUGGAUCAGUUGCCGCUUCCGCCUUCAGCGUUGCCAAUGGCUCCACGUUUUUCGAACGAUCAUGUCCGCGAAAUGUUGCGAGAUUCCGAAAAUAUUAUAAAACAACGUAGUAAAGCGGCUGAGGCACGUUGGCCUUUAGAUAAACUGAUUCGUAAUCUUGAGCCAAACUGCAGUACUAAAAAACAACAGUAUCAGCCGCAGACUGGUAUGGUCACAGCACGCGUGCUUCAUGCUCUGGAAGCAUUGGAUCUUCACAGUUUUGACCGUGUCGACUCAACUCACAGUAUCGAUUCACUGUACUCCAAACUAUUUCCUGCAAUUGGUGGAAACAAAGGAAGCCUUGAUCAUGCAACUGCUGAACAAGUUGAUCAGUUCGCCAAGCAGGAUGAGCCUUAUGUUCGCUUACUGUGCCAAUGGGCAGUUAGUGAUCAACGCUGUGGAGAACAUAGAGCGAUUGCAGCUGCUUUGCUGUUAGAAAAGAGGCAAUCAGAUUUGGUGACUUUAACAGAAACUGAUGGAGCUGGAGCGGACGACAAUGAUACGGACGAAAGCUCUUCCGCAAUUUCGGCUUUGCUACCGAUUUAUCAGGGUUUUUUGAUGAAAUUUCUCGACUCAGAAGCCCCGGUGCUAAAUGAACCAGUCCCAGGGCAUAACAAUCGGACAGUUUUUGCUUCUUUGGUUCAUCUGUUCCAUGAACUUAUCAAGCAUGACGUGUUCUCUCAUGACAUGUAUAUGUGUACCCUAAUUUCGCGGGGCGACCUUCUGUCAGUUACACCGUGCCACAAUGGAACCACAGUAACCCCGUCAACAACUGGUCAUUUCGCCGGCACCCCAAGCAGUGGAAUGAGCAGCUUAACGGGAUUCCAGAGCAUGAAUGAUUUACGUUGCGAAAUGGACGACAGUAAAAUUGAUGACGACCUAGGAAAGCUAUUGCAGCAUAUCAAAGAGGAACAACAGAUCGUUAUGGACACCCCCGACUCUCCCAAAGAUGAAAAUCAUAGCACACUUGAACCUGGUCGUGGUGAAAAGGAGGGUAAACGCCAGUCGAGGCACCUCUUGUUCACGACCCACUUCCUACCUCAGGAUGACAGUUUAACCCACGACUGUAACCAGCGACAUAUUUUGUUGUAUGGAGUAGGAAAAGCACGCGAGGAAUCUCGUCAUGCCGUCAAAAAGGUCUCCAAGGAAAUGAGUCGUCUUUUCCAUAAAAAGCUUGCCAUCGACGUCCAAACAGAAGGGACUAAUUUAGCGGGAGGUGCAGCAUUUGUUGGUUCUACCAAAUCACGGAAACAUUCAUCUCGUCUCGAGUUUAAUUUCGAGCUCAGCAUGCAACGCUUUUUGGCCCUUUCUUACUUUGAUCGUCAUGCCGUAGCUGCCCAGGCAGCCUCGACUUGUAUGGAAAUGAUCAAUAGCUUUAUUGUUGGAGGAGCAGCUUAUCUGCCAGUCUUGGAGCAUAUAUCCUUCCUGUUCGAUCUCUUUGAAGUUUCGCUGAGCAUCAGUGGCCUCAUAGACUUGUGUCUUCAACUUCUCAAAGAACUUCCUGAAGUGGAGCUGCUGUUGUCUCAAAGAAAUUCUGUCCUCAGUCGUAGCUACCUGACUAAUGUAGGCCUUUACGUUGUUGGAGUUCUUCGUCGUUUCCACUGCUGCCUACUCCUAUCACCUGAAUCAACUGCGAGUGCGUUUGAAUCACUUUGCCGUAUUGUGAAGCAUGUUACGAAUCCAGCCGAUUGCAGUUCAGCUGAACGCUGUAUCCUAGCGUAUUUGUACGACUUGUAUAGUUGCUGCUCCUUUCUUAAGGCUAAAAAUGGUCAGUUGGAUUCAUCGCUUGCCAAUUCAAAUUCAUCUUCUAGUCGCAGUAGUGGUGGCGUGGCUCUGAAUACUGGCAGCGAAGUGUUCGCAUUCUCAAAUGCUUACCCGAAAAUCAAACAAACCAUUUUCGCCCCUGUCGUGUCGCUGCCAAAAUCCCUUCAUCCGCUAAACCGGGAUUUUCUCCAGGACUACAUAACCAGCCCACGCCGCAAGCCCGAGCCCCAUAUCUUACGUCAAUUAUCAGAUUCUGCACAGUUGCGUUACAGCUUCGUCUGCAACGUCGUCGUAGCCGUAUGCAAUGAAGUUGACAAUGACAAACUCAAUGACAUUGCUCUCCUUUGUGCUGAAUUGACUGCCGGAUGCUCUGCGCUCUCUGCCGAAUGGCUAGGAGUGUUGACAACGCUCUGCUACUCGGCGUCUACCUAUAUGGAUGUCCUGACGCAGGUCGAUGUUCAGGAUAACUCAAUCCACCAUAAUCUAGCCGUGUUAUUUUCAGUGCUCCUGGCACGGCACUGCUUCGGCCUUCAGGAUUUUUUGCUCUAUGUUGGAGUUCCUUCCCUAGUUAAAAUAUGGAACGAAGGAGGCCGCUCUGAUACCGAUCCGGAAGCUGAAGCUGGCGCACGUUUGACUUGUCAUCUCGUGUUGAGGCUGUUCAAGACAUCGGAUGCUCCACACCCUGCAUGUUAUAGCAGUAGCAGCCACAGCGUGAAUGCAUCACCUCAUCACACACUGCAACAAACCGCCACCUCCUCUGCGUUGGGUGUCAAACUGGCGUGCGAUCGGCAUCUAUUGGCGGCUACGCAUAAUAGUAUAUCAGUUGGCCCCGUCUUAGCAGUACUAAAAGCUAUCCUUGUGCUGGCAGAUCGCGUGCCACCGGAAGGUAAAGGCAGUCGCGUGACCGGCAGCAGCGGUGGCAUGAACAGCAAUAGCAACAGAUUAGGUGGAGGUGGCAACGCCAUGGCCAACGAAGUCAGCAUUUCCCACAUAUUGGGUACGUCUUGGAGCGGCGACCUAGACUUGGACAUUGGUUCGGCAAAUUUUGGAGUCGGUGGUGGCCGCAAUAGUUUUGGAGUUGCUACAGAGAACGUGCCUUUGGCUUCCUACGCCAGAUAUGUUCUCAGGCAGAUUUGCUCACAGCCUUGGGUUCAUCAGCGUUGUCUUCAAAACCCCGAAGAAUUGUUGAAGCUCGAUGGUCUGCUAGAUAGCUGUUUGAGCUUGCGUCAAGCUCAGCGUCUCCUUCAGAUGAUAAGUCGACCUGAUUCAGGAGCCACCGCUGCCGACGAACACACCAACAAUGAACAUCAAGAUUAUCGUCAGGUGGUUAAUCGUGUUUUGGAGAGCCUCGAUCAAUGGCGGCUGCGAGUUGCUUGGUUGGAUCUGCAACUGUUAUGCCAGCAGUUGACGACGGUAGGCAGUGGCGGGACAUCGUCCGCCGACAUGAAUCAAUUACUAGAAGCGAUAGCUCGCGCCGUGCUUGACGUAUUCGAGUUAUCCACAACAUCAAGCAUUAAAGAGGACCCCGAUCAAGGCGGAAGUUCGACCAAAACGCAACCGAAUCUGUCCAUUUCCUUAAUUGCACCUUUAGUUUCGAAGCUACCAGGCUCCGUUCAAGGGCGGAUUCUCAAAGUGGCAAGUCAGGUGCUCGAAAUUUGCAAUUGGGGCCCGCCUUCCAAGGGAAAAGAUAAAGAGCGCAAUAUUCCAAACACCACGUCUGCAUUCCGUUCCAAAUCGCUGCUGUCGAACGAACCUCUUCUUUCCCUUGUGAUGACAUGCCUCAAAGGACAAGACGAACAACGCGAGGCUUUUCUUUCUUCACUUCAUUCUCAGUUGUCGCACUUCAUUUUCUUGCCUAAAGAAGAUCGUUUGUAUCAUGGUGAAGACGUCAAAGCCCGCCAGGCCAUGUUAGAAGCAUUGCAAUUGCGGUUUAGUCUUGUUGGCGGUUUGUUUGAUUCCAUUUUACGUAAUCCUACGGUAGUCAUAGACUGGGCAAUCCUGUUAACUCAACUAGUGACAGCUGGAGUAGUGGAUUUGUCGAAUAAUACGGAACUAUUUGCAACAUUGCAAGAUAUGCUAGCUACAUUGCUUCAUUCAACGCUGGUCACUGAUGGCCAAUCGGAACGCGGCGAAGAUAGUCGCAAGUAUUACCCGCUCCUGAUUAAGAAGCUGAAAAAAGAAUUAGCCGAACGCAAAAGUUCUCCAUCCAUCCAAUGUAUCAAGCAGCUUCUUCCUUUGCCCAAGCUAGCCAGCGAAUUCGUCACGUGCGAACCGUAUGGAACUCUGACUGAUAUCAAGGGUAACAAAAUCAGUGGCUUUGAUAGUAAUGACAAAAAGCAAGGACAUCGGCUCCAUGAAAAGCAACGGGUGUCUCCUUGGGAAAUAUUGGAAGGGCACAAAACAGUUGCCCCACUGUCUUGGGCUUGGUUUGGCGCCGUUCGUGUGGAGAGGAAACCUCUCCGCCACCAAGAAGUACAGCGGCUCUUACGUCAUCACACACAUGCUCUACAGAAACCAGCUUCUUACUAUCUGGAGCAUCCUCUCCUUCCACCGGAAGAUUUAGAACCUCCAGUAAUAGAGAAGACCAUUCCAAAAGAAGAAAUUUGCUUCAAAACGGAGCCGAUGUCCGACCAAUCACCGAGGGGAGGAACUAAGCGUGGCCAGAAAACGAAUCAGCGUCGACCGCGAGGCAGAAGAGGUGCGGCAGCAGCAGCUGCCGCCGCUGCAGCUGCAACGGUAGCGGGAGCACCGCCGGCUGUCGGUGGUUAUCAGAGCCCAGUGGCAUCUGGAAUGUAUCCACCUUCGCAGCCACCACCACAGUGGAACGCUUAUACUUCGCCAGCUCCACCUGCUUCUCAACAAGGAACAGUGCCCACAUCUGCUGCUUUCUUUCCCCAACAAUCAAUUGGCCCCAGAUUUCCAACCGAAAGACCGGGAACCCAGUCACGUCAGGCAUUGAGCAAUAUGCUGAGGCAGAGGCAUCCUGGUACACAGUUUGUGCCAGCUUCUGUCAAUCCUUCUGGUACGAAUCCGGUUGCAGUACCAAAUGCCCCACCCACGGCAGGAGGAGGAGGAGGAACUAUGGCUAACAAUUCCCGAAUUGCGGGAGGUGUAGGAGCUGGAGGUGCCAGUCAACCACAAUUUGCUGGCAUUUCGAUGGUAGAUAAACAGAGGCAGCAGCAAUUUAUCCGCCAGCAAAUACGGCAGCAACAUACUGGCGGUAAUGUUUUUGGCCAACAAGGUCCUCAGCAAACACAGCCCCAACAGCAGCAACCCCAACAACAACAACAACAGCAGCAGCAACAACAACAACAACAACAACAACAACAACAACAACAGCAACAGCAGCAGCAGCAGCAGCAACAAGUGCAAAUGGCUCCUGUCGGCUUUGCUAAUAUACACACGCCAAUGAACCAGAAUAUGAACCAGAAUAUGAACCAGAAUUUCAAUAUGUUUCAAAGUGGGGCCCCUGGUAUGCAACAGCUCGUCAACCCACAACAGCAAGCACAGCCGCAACCAACACAGCAGCAGCAGCCUCAGCAGCAGGCAAUGAUUGGGCAGCAUUUCAAUCAAGCAGGUGGAAAUUUUCCCAUGCAACAAACGCAACCUCAAGGAAAUAUGAUUCUCAUGCAACAGCAACAUCAACAGCCCCAGGGGCGUGGAAUGAAUGCCCCAGCUAUGCGCCCUCCGUUUAUGCAAAGUGGAGGUAUGCAGAUAAAUUCGGCACAACCAAAUCAAUUCGUACGAGGAGCUAUGCCGAAUACUUCCCAGCAGCAAGCAGUUCGAUUACAACAUCAACAAAUAGUGGCUAUACAACAGCAACAACAAAUGCAGCACAACAUGGGACAGCAGCAACAUAACCAGCACUAUCAUCAACCUUUUUAAAGCAAACGGAAAACAACGCUUUCAAUCCUGUGUAGUCCGUCUGUUUGAGCCAUUCAGAUUUUUUUUUAAGAAACAAGUAUUUUUUUUAAAUUCGAAAUACAAUUGAUACACGUGACA